UGCAACCGUUGAUGAACAGCCAUUCAGAGUGGUGACUAUGAGAGCAGCAGCCAUCUCCACUCCAAGACUAAACAAAAUGCCAGGAAUAUUCUUUCCCUCUGCUAACCCUGGUGAAUUGAAAGGAUCUGAUCACUGUCUACUAGAUGACAAAACUCAGAAAAAGAGACCAAAGGCUUUUGGAACAGACCUGAAAGCCUAUUUGAAAUCCAUGUUACCACAUCUGGAAUCUGGGAUCAAAUCUUCCAAGUCCAAAGACAUACUUUCUGCAACAGAAGUAAUACAGUGGUCUCAGUCUCUGGAAAAACUUCUCACCAACCAAACUGGGCAAGCUGUCUUUGGUAACUUUCUAAAAUCAGAGUUCAGUGAGGAGAAUAUUGAGUUCUGGUUGGCCUGUGAAGAUUACAAACGAACAGAAUCUGAUCAUUUGCACCGCAAAGCUGAAAAGAUUUACAAGGCAUUUGUUCAAUCAGAUGCUACAAAACAAAUUAAUAUUGAUUUUCAUACCCGUGAGUCUACAGCUAAGAAGAUUCAAGUGCCAACUCCCACAAGCUUUGAUGAAGCCCAAAAAGUUAUAUAUACACUUAUGGAGAGGGACUCCUACCCCCGGUUCCUUAAAUCUGAAGUUUACUUAAAACUGCUGAGUGAACUUCAGGGUAACAGCCUUAAGUGACUAGUUUCUGGAGGACCUGGGGAACUGAAGAUGUCAUCAGAUCCAAAGGGAAUGCUCCAGUGUGUCUCCCUGUGUGAACAACAGUAACUUUGCCUUGCAGGGUGAUUCAAGAAGAUUAGGGGAAGUACAAAUGACUCAGCAAGGAUUAGCAGGCACAUUGCAGACAGAAUCACAGUCUGAAGAAGAGUAAGCCAGAUGAAAACUCAAGGAUCGAAAGAGGAAGGAGUUACCGCAGCAUUAUCACAAGACGAGUUCAUACUUAAGUGCUGAAAAAUAUCCCUCAGAAUAGAAAAGGUUUUUACAUAGCAACUGUUAAUAAAGGACAUAAAAAUAACAGUAAAAAAAAGGCAUCCAGGUCCAAUGGAAAAUAUACAAUUGGGCAUGAUAGGGCAAGAUGAAUAACUCACAAAAAUGUUUUUGACUGAGGUUAGAUAAUAUUGUUAUUAUAUAUGAAAGCGUGUUAUUGCCAUUAACAUGGGUGAUCAUUUUUAAAGUAUUUAUAUCAUACUGUCACUACUACUCUUGAUGGUUUUAUUUUUAAGAGCAGAUAAAGUGAAAUUUAACUAGAUAUUAAACUAUCCUAUUUAGAACAUGAAAGCACAUAUUUAUGAUUUAAAUUAUCACAGUGUCAAUAAUAAUGUGAAUUUUCUAUUAAAAUGUUUAUACCACAAA